AAAACUUUGACAUUCAAUGUCAGACUCCAUGUAAAAUUUGUUGUAGAUCAAAUUUUAUGUUCGUGUAAAUUGAGAGUAAAUCAGUAUGGAAAAUCAUUUAUUUUUGUUGGAGCUCUUCGUGGAAACCAUAUCGUUCUCGUCCAACCUUCCAGAAUACCCUUUACUUCAGGAUGUUAAAGUUACGGCCAGCAUGGGAGACUAUGUUAAUAUAGAAAUAGUUUCAUUACAAACACCUUCAGGAAUGAAUGAACCUCAGAAAGACGUAACUUUCAAUUCGGGGAUGUCAAGUCUAUUUGCAGGCACGCAGGAGGAGCUGUUGCAGAAUAUGAACAAAGAUACUUUUACUAUUAACGUUUUCGUCAAGCAGAAAUUAGUGUCGAGCGCUCCGAUUGGUUUACCGAAGGACUUUUACACUCUGGUUAAACAGUGUCAUGAAACUCAAGGUGUGAUAGGUCCUGUUUCGAUCCAAGAUCAAUUUUUGUUGCAAGAGGCUGGCGGCGAACGAAUUAUAGGCGAUAUCAAAGCAGCAGUACGACUAUCGUCCUUUGGCGCUUGCAUUAAAACUAGCUUCCAGUUGAUCAAGACUGAGCAAGGCGUGCAUAAGAAGUUCCUGGUUAAGGGAGCACGAGGAGAGACGACAUUCGAAUGCCAGAAGCUAAAUGCUGGGAACUCUGCGGAACUUCUUCCUCUAACAACUCUGUUUACGGACGUUGAAAGUCCUCCUGCAAGUAUUUGUCCCGUCGAAGACGACCGUGUCUCUUGGAUGGCCCUGUUCAAAUCCGCGAUGGACCCGAGAGUUAGCGUAACCCCUGAGGAGUUCAAUGUAGCCAUUUCGACUCUGUUCGACAGGAAAACUGCGUCGAAUAUAACUUUCGACAUUAUUUCCAUAAUGGACAGACCGGAAGAAAACAAAUACGUAGAUCUGCGAAUCAAGGGUGGUUCGCAUGGGUUCAUAUUCGAGUUCGAUAUGCCAAAACAGGACGGUAGCCAAAAAACAGACUUCAGUUCACUACAGGAAGAAGAACUUACCGUAGAAAAAAUUAACAAGAUGUUGUGCAAAAAUAAAGAUUGUCCAGCUGUACGGAAAUUUAAAGAAAUGGGAAUCGGACCCUUCGCGAUCCAUAAAGGUUUGGGUACGGUUUACGGCGAACCCUCGCUUCCUGUAACGUACGGCUUAACUCAAACUUACGGAGUUUUCGACGAGUACGGUCCCUAUGGGUUGUUUUCGAGGCCCAAAACACCUUCACAACCGUUUAUACCAAAGCAGCAAAGCAACUGGCAGUCUUCCUGCUGGAAACCCAAAAAAAGAAAAGACAAGGAAUGCGUUUGUUGUUGUCAAAAGUACAAUUACGGUGCUUGCCAUUGCAAGCCGCAGAAGUCACCUCUGCGUCUAAAUGGUGGAUCAGUGGGCGAAUCCGUGAGUUUCUCGCAAGAAUACAACCAAAAAAUCAACAAACACCACCAAGUGCUGCGAUUGAAUGGUGGGGGCGUGCUGGACUAUGACGACGUUAAAAGCCCUUUCCACGAAUGUAAGGAAAUCAUGGAUCAAUUUGACGAAGUCCUGCGCAAGUACAAGAAGGCGUUAGGUCCAUGUGGGCAUGUGACGUGUCCCUUUGCGCCCAACGUUACUAAGGAGAGUUGCAAGAAGAUGUGCACUCAUGGUAUGGAUGUUUACUCAGCCUCAAACAUCGUUCCACAGGAGACUGAGACUGAAAAGACGUGUCCGCUGCCUUCUCCGUCGACCAAAUUUAAACCGAAAGGAGCCUGUGGGUCUGCGAAAUGUGCUUACGCCAAGUACAAACACGGUCUUAUGGACCAGGACGUGGAUAUUGAAAUAGCGACUCUUCCCCCUGCUAAACGUUCGUGCGGGCAUCCGAAGUGUCCCGUUGAGCCGGAGUUACCACCCAUACAUUGGGACUGUCCAGAUCCUUUACCUAAAGGCAAGUGCAAGAACCCCAACUGUCCGUACUUGCCUAAAGAAAUCAAAUGUUUGAACGCAGUACUAGGAAAAGGGGUUUGUGGUAACUUCAACUGUCCUUUCGCUCCUCCAGAUCCGUGUAAAUCUCCUUAUUGUCCGUUCCAACCCAGACAAUGUCCUUAUGAAAGUGAUUCUGAUAGUUAUUGUACCGAUGAAGAGUGUCUUUUUCCAUCUAAGAGGAAAGAUAAUGUCGGUAGUCAAAACCAUCCCGCUGCAUCCCAACAGUAUGGCGACAAUCGGUGUCCACCGGUGUCAUGUUGGAAUCCUUUAUUAGCGUACUAUGCAUUGGCUACAGGUGAUCAAAACUUACUCCAAAUAUGCUUUGGGGGUCCCGAAUGCCCUUACAAUAUGCAACAAGAUGUCUGUCCUCCGCCCCCUCCUUGCCCCCAAGGGGGGGGAAAAUCUAAAAAAAGUGCUGACGAUAGUACGUGCGCUAGAAAGAUGGUAAAAAAGACACCAUCUCCUUGCUACCCACCUAUGGAAAGCAAAUGUGGCAAUCCUAAUUGCCCCUACGCAAAGAAAGCUGAAGUAUUGAAACAACAUGGCGGUGCAGGGGAAGGAAAAGAAGGAGACAUAGAAUAUACCUCAGACACUCGUUUGUCUGUGGAUUUGGCUCCUUGUCACCCUGGCACUUGUAAAUAUCAAAAGGGCAGUAAUUUGACGUGUGAAGCAUGUUGCCCAGAAAAAAUCAAAGUAAAUGACCUCUGUCAAAAUCCCAAUUGUCCCUUUGCACCAGCAUCAGCAACCUGCUACAUAAAACCACCUCCUUGUUACGAACAACCUGAAAAUGACGAUGUGUGUGGAAACCCUGACUGUCCCUUUUCUCCGAAGCCUUCUUGCGGCGGACCUCCUUGUGGCAGUCUCAUUUGUCCAGGCAGUGUCCCACCUUGCGGAAGUCCUGUUUGCCCAGGGAAUGCACCUCCUUGCGGAAGUCCAAUUUGUCCCGGAAGUGUUUCUCCGUGCGCAAGUCCAGUUUGUCCCGGAGGCAUUCCUCCGUGCGGGAGUCCAGUUUGUCCAGGUGUCCCUGCUAAUGAUUGUACGCCAAACCCUCCUUGCUUCAAUCCUUGUUCCAUGGCUUUUCCUCCGUGCCCGUUUGGAAUUGACCCAGUAUCAGCUCUGCUCGCUUUGGGAAUGCCAAUUUCUCUAUGUCCGGACGGUAUCUGUCCUUUCCCUACCAAAGACACAUUUCAAAUCUGCUAUGGUGGUCCCACGUGUCCAUUUACGAAGCCUCCAGUAUGUACACCAGAACCAUGUACAACAGAAGUGCAGAGUGUUAAAGAUGAUGAGGUAUGUGACAACGCGGAGUGUCCGUAUGCUGCUAGAAGAGGUGCCGAUGUGACUUCUCAAAGGAGCAAGCCAACGGAGAACGAUGUAGGUGCGGACGUAAAUGUGGGCGAAACUGCUGUAGUAGAUGAAGGCACCGAGUAUAUCACAGAAACUAGAGUUGAAGUGGACCUGGCACCGUGUACUAAGAAAACGUGUCAAUCACAAGGUGGAACUUUGAUCUGUGAGGAAUGCCCCUGCAUGAAGGGUGAAAAGGGAGGAAUAAGUAAAACUAAAGCUACCGAAAAAAAGAACAAAAGCAAAAUUUCAACGACCAAGACAAAAAAAACAAAAAAAAAGGGCAAGUUUGUGUAUUCCAUCGGUGAUAAGUAUACAGGAGUGCAGGUAGGCCACAAGGAAUGCGUGAUGCCGGCUUUUAACGUGCCGCCGAAGAUGGGUUGGUUGUGGAAUAUUUGGACUCCAUGCAAUCGAUUGAAGCCAAGGAGAGGAUGGCGCCCGGGGGCCAUCGCCAGAAGUAUUGCCGAGACAAUCAGAAAGCACAGAGCAGCACAAGGCCUUCCAAUGUUGGAAGUGAACCGAUUCCGAACAGGGAAGAAAGACUACGACCGAACCGAAUCUGCCACUUCUGUUAAUGUUAAACCUAAAGCAACACUACAAAUAAAGAAACAUGACGGGUGCUACUGGAUCACGAUGAACCCUUUGAAGGACCCACAUACCUUGGUUGAAAAUGAAAACCCGUACAUGGAAUGCACGCCACUGCAAUUUAAGAUAAGUAAAAACAAAGACAAAAAGGCGGAAGAAGAAAAUGAGGAAUAUAAGUCGUGUUUCUGUGAAGGCGACAAAGAGUUGUCGUCUUCAGACAGUGAACUCGAGAUUGAAUUUACACCACCUGCUGGUAUCAUUCAUCCUGAACGUUUUAAAAAGAAAAGGAACGUCGUGCAUACUGACACUCAAUAUAUGGCUUCUGAUCUUAAGUCUGAAAAAGAGAGUAAGAAAGGAAAGAAAGAAAAGAAGGACAAAAAAGGAAAAGGAAAGAAAGGGAAAGGCAAGAAAGGGAAAAAGGGUAAAAAGAAAUAAAUGUAACGCGUAAAAUGUAACUCGCUCCAACAAAAUUAUUUCUGUUAUUUCUGAUAUUGAUUACUUUUUGUAUGUGUUGUUUAUAUGUAUAAUAAAGAAAAAAUCGGCCGAAAA